UAUUGGACUGGCCUAAUACAGAAAAUACUAAGUAUAACAGGCUUGCUAACAACAUAUUUUCCACAACGGUUUUGAAGAUUCAAGUAGAAAAUUUGACUUUAGUAUCGUGUGUUAUGGGACAUAGCAGAACGAUUGGGAAAACAUAAUAUUAGUGUCUCCUUGGAUGUAAGAUUGCCGUACAUAUGCUGUAAACAAUCAGAUAGCCAAACCGAUAAAUUCGUACAUUCGUCUUUAUGAGCAAAGUAAGGACCGACAUUGACACCAAAACACUAUGACUUGUUACCGUUCAGGAUGGACUUGCUGGAAAAGAGUUAUCGUGCUUUCACUGGUGUUCUUUUUGGUCAUUCAGGUUAUGAUAUUCUCAAGCGUCAAUGUACUUCGCGACACUCUGAAUAUAUUUACACGUGGGCCAACUGCACAACAGAUCGACGUAAACGAGAAGGAGCUGACCAAUUUGGGGAACAGACUAGAACAAACAGGUCGAAGCAUUGAAGCUAUCCUACAACUAAGAAAACAACAUGUCGAAGAACAGUGUCUCAAAGUACAAAACGAAGAACCGAUUUUCAAUAUUUCAACGUUGGAUCAUAUCUACGUAGACACAAAAAAUAAGUUAAUUUACUGCUACGUCCCAAACGUUGCUUCCACCCAAUGGCGUGAAAUUUUGCUUGCUAAUUUCGUUGGGACCGAUACAAAAUAUAUCAAGAAGAGAAAGAUAGACUGGAAAUAUUGGUAUCAAUCGAAAAAGCUUAAACAACUCAAAUUUUUUCCAAAGGGCGAAAUAAUAGAAAUGUUAAAAACGUUUUUCAAAUUUAUGAUGGUGCGUGAUCCAAUGGAAAGAGUACUCUCAGUUUGGAAUGACAAAUUCAUGGACGGCAAAAAUAAUUUUUACAGACAGCGAUUGGGAAGAGACAUUGUGAAAUUAUUUAGAAAAAGUGCAACGUCAUCAGAAAUUGAACGUGGAUUCAUACGAUUUGAUGAAUUUCUCAAAUAUAUCGCAAUGUCUAAAGAUCCAUUAGACCGAGACGAACUCUGGAGCAGAUAUUACGAUUUGUGCAGACCAUGUGAUUUACAUUAUGACGUUAUCAGCACAUACGAAACACUAAAUAUUGACUCGGACUACAUCCUUGAACGGAUUGGCAUUUUGGAUAAAUUCAGAUUCCCUGUCAUUCUUUCCAAGGCCCAAAGCGUGAUAAAACAGUACACAGCAACACUCGAGCUUCAGGACCAGCAAAAGUUUUACCAAAUUUUUAAAACUGAUUAUGAAAUGUUUAAUUAUAGCAUGUCUUUCAAGUAGUUUAAACUCAUU